AACUCAGCGGUUACGUACGUCGUCUGCAUCUCUAGCCUAAUGCUUAAGUAUAUACCGAGCUCGAUCUUUGAUCCACAGUAACUCUCAAAGGAUGGUUCCUUAAGUAUGCCAACAUAUGCCAAUCUAUGAUUGACAGGUGGAUAUUAUAAGUCCUACAUUGUCUGUAUCUCUUAUGAUAUUGUCUUCGGGACGCGUCAUAAGGACUGGAGUUGUUAUUGUUCAUGUCGUUCUUGGUGCUGUACCAUCUCCCCAAGGCAGCCCUCAAUCAAACGAAGAUAGGUUUUCCUUCUUUACUGCUGUAACCAAACGUUACGGUUGUUACAUGUCCAACGUUAUCAGUUUUUCCUGGACUCUUCAUCUUCACUCCUCGAGUUCACGAUGCAGAUACCGACGCAAUAGCACGUCCACCCUUCCUUCCAGUCAAAAGGAAAAGCCUAUGAGAUACUCAUAUCCCUUUUCAUUGUCACCAUAUACAUACACACUCUGAUUCCUCCAGGUAGGCCAUGGAUCCACGGUGUCAGGAGGGUAGGUACGGAUCUCCUCGGUGAUUUUAGCCUGUACUGGUUGAACGAACGUGGGUCCUAGUGUCUGAUGUCUCGUUAGAAGAAAAACCUAUGAAAUGCCGU